UAAAAUACUAACAAUGAAUCAAAAUCAUCCAACAAACUCAAAUGAAGAAGAUGAACAAGUUGAAAAGCUAAUACAAACCCUUCCAAGAGUUUCCUUGAGAGGCUCCUCUUUUAAAAUGAUAGAGUAUGAAGGUUUCUACUACUACAACGAAGAUGAUAUUCCUACCUUAACCAAUGCAAUCAACUUUCAAAAACACUUUGUUGCUCGUGACACCGAUAUCUUCAUUAUUAGUCCGGCGAAAACAGAUUCCGGGUGUCGGAUUUUGUACAUUUGUCGAAGCUGUUUUGACACACUCACAUCAUUUGUCGAAGUUGGCAUGCCAUUUUCUCCCCAGGAGGAAAAUGAUGGUAUCAUACAACAAAUUAUAUAUUGACUUGUGAAGCACUGGAAAUAACAAGGAUUUGAAAGAUUGGGAUUGGGCUAAAGAAGAUCAGUUUACAGUUGAUAUGGCAGAAAGGAUGGCAAAACUCAUGCAAGAAACACUUGACCCCAGAUUAUGCUUCAAAUUGCUCCCAUGAUUCUUUACAAAUUUGCAUCAUUUUAGGGGUACCAAAUUGGCGUCCUCAGCUCUAAUUAUUGUUUCUUUUGAUGUACAUUUUUUUUUUUCGGUUUGUUCCGCAGGAGUUUGCAUGAGUAACUCGAUGGGCAACAUUCCUUCCAGUUGAGAUUUUUUCCAUUCCCAAGGCUCGAACCCGAGACCUUGGUUAAGGGCCUCUCAAUUGGUCUUCUAUUGAUGUACUUUAAUUUGCUUAAUUAUUUCUU